AUGGAAGUGACGCUGAAGGUUCUGCUUCAAGCAACAUUCAAUCAUACAGGGAAAGAUGCAACCGGCCCGUAUGACGUCAUCUACGUGUCGAGGCGGCUGUGUGUGAAGUCUGUGCAUGGUCGUACCACCAUGUCCGUCACUGGCUGCCCCGGCGAUGGCCCCGGCGGUGGCUCCAACAGCACCGGCCGCGGCCGCAGCAGCAGCCGCGGCGACCCAGCUGAUGGUCCCAAGGCCGACGACGGCUCCGACAGCGACGGCCCCAACAGCCCCAACGGCCCCAACAGCCCCAACGGCCCCAACAGCCUGAACGACGGCCCCAACGGCGGCCCCAGCGGCCCCAACGACGGCCCCAACGGCGGUCCCAGUGGCGGCCCCAGCGGCCCCAACAGUAGCCCCAACGGCACCAACGACGGCCCCAACGGCAGUCCCAGCGGCCCCAACAGUGGCCCCAACGGCCCCAGCGGCGGCCCCAGCGGCGGCCCCAGCGGCGGCCCCAGCGGCCCCAACAGUGGCCCCAACGGCACCAACGACGGCCCCAACGGCAGCCCCAGCGGCCCCAACAGUGGCCCCAGCGGCGGCCCCAGCGGCGGCCCCAGCAGCCCCAACAGUAGCCCCAACGGCACCAACGACGGCCCCAACGGCAGCCCCAGCGGCCCCAACAGUGGCCCCAACGGCCCCAGCGGCGGCCCCAGCGGCGGCCCCAGCGGCCCCAACAGUAGCCCCAACGGCACCAACGACGGCCCCAACAGCAGCCCCAGCGGACCCAACAGUGGCCCCAACGGCCCCAGCGGCGGCCCCAGCGGCGGCCCCAGCGGCCCCAACAGUAGCCCCAACGGCAGCCCCAGCGGACCCAACAGUGGCCCCAACGGCCCCAGCGGCGGCUCCAACGGCCCCAGCGGCAGCCCCAACGGCCCCAACGGCAGCCCCGGUGGCGGCCCUGAAGGCCCCGGCGAAGGCCCCGGCGACGGCCCCGGCAGCCCCUGUGGCAGACCCAGCGGCGGCCCAGAAGGCCCCGGUGACGGCCCCAACAGCGCCCCCAACGGCGGCCCCGGUGGCCCCAGCGGCCUCUGUGGCGGACCCAGCGGCAGCCCCAACGGCCCCAACGGCAGCCCCGGUUGCGGCCCCGGCAGCCCCAAAGGCCCCAGCGACGGACCCUGCGGCGGCCCCGGACCUGGCUGCCCCGCCGACUCCGGAGGCCGGAUGCUCUUCGAGCACAUCCAUCACCUCUACAUGCUCAGGGUCCCCCUCGGAGAUAGCCACGUCCAUCACCUCCACAUGCUCAGGGGUCCCCCUCGGAGAUAG